CCCUCCCAUGACUCCACGAUGCCUCGCCGGCGGUGGACCCUUUCCGCCCUCUCUCUUCUCCUUCUCCUCGGUCUCCUCCCCAUCACCUCCUCCCUCCGCCCCUUCGUCCUCGUUAUCACCAAAGACGACCUCAAGGAUUCCCCGGAUUCCGAACCCCCGGACGACUCCCCCGACUGGGAUGAUUUUGACGACCCCGGUUCCGCCUCCGACGACGAUGAAGACCGCGACCCUGGCUCCUGGCGCCCCGUCUUCGAGACCUCCUCUUCUUCAUCCAACUCGUCCUCCUCUGACGACCCCCGCGAGGACCUCUAUAUCUCCGGCAUGCGCGCCAUGAUCUCCGCCGCCUCCUCCGGUGACCCCGACGCCUUGGACUCCGCCUCCUCUGACAUAGAGGCCGCCGCCUCCGCCGGCCACCGCCACGCCCAGUCCGCCCUCGCCUUCCUCUUCGGCACCGGCCUCGCCCGCCCCCAGAGCCGCCCCAGAUCCUUCCUCUACCAUCACUUCGCCGCCGAGGCCGGCAACAUGCAGUCCAAGAUGGUCCUUGCCUAUACCUACUUCCGCCAGGACUUGUACGACAAGGCGGUGGCGCUCUAUGCGGAGCUGGCGGAGGCGGCGGUUGCGAGCUUCUUGAUCUCGAAGGAGCCGCCGGUGAUCGAGCCCGUCCGGAUCCACAGCGGGACCGAGGAGAACAAGGAGGCACUUAGGAAGUCCCGGGGAGAGGACGAUGAGGGCGUCCAGAUCACGGAGUACCAGGCGCACAAGGGCAACGCUGCUGCGAUGUACGCGAUGGGUGUGCUGUAUUACUAUGGGCUCAGAGGGUUGAGGCCCGAUUACGCCAAGGCGGUGUAUUGGUUCUCUAAGGCUGUGGAGAAGAGGGACCCGAGGGCCAUGGAGCUGCUUGGGGAGAUCUAUGCAAGAGGUGCUGGAGUUGAGAGGAAUUAUACAAAGGCUUUUGAAUGGCUCACGCUCGCAUCCAGGCAGCAGUAUUAUUCAGCGUACAAUGGACUGGGGUAUCUCUAUGUCAAAGGCUAUGGAGUAGAGAAGAAAAACUUCACCAAAGCAAGAGAAUAUUUUGAGAAAGCCGCUGAAAAUAAGGAGCCUGGAGGACAUUAUAACCUAGGUGUUUUGUAUCUUAAGGGUAUGGGUGUAAAAAAGGAUGUGACAUUGGCCUGCAAGCUUUUCCUUACUGCAGCUAAUGCUGGUCAGCCAAAGGCUCUCUACCAAGUGGCAAAGUUGUUCCAAAAAGGCAUUGGCUUUAAGAAGAAUCUUCAGAUGGCUACACUAUUGUACAAAACAGUAGCGGAGAGGGGACCUUGGAGUUCCUUGUCAAGAUGGGCGUUAGAGUCCUACUUGAAAGGUGAUGUGGGAAAAGCACUCUUUCUAUAUUCUAGAAUGGCAGAGCUGGGAUAUGAGGUGGCACAAAGCAACGCUGCAUGGCUCCUUGAUAAAUAUGGGGAACAAAGCAUGUGCAUGGGAGAAUCUGGCUUUUGCACAGACACGGAGAGGCAUCUUCGUGCGCAUUCUCUGUGGUGGCAAGCAUCAGAGCAGGGUAAUGAACAUGCUGCUUUGUUGAUUGGGGAUGCUUACUACUAUGGCCGGGGCACUGAGAGAGACUAUGAACGUGCAGCGGAAGCAUACAUGCAUGCUCAAUCACAGUCCAAUGCUCAGGCAAUGUUCAAUCUUGGAUACAUGCACGAGCAUGGCCAAGGACUUCCUUUGGAUCUUCAUUUGGCAAAACGGUAUUAUGAUCAAGCCCUUGAGAUUGAUCCUGCAGCAAAGUUGCCUGUUACUUUGGCACUUACGAGCUUGUGGAUACGAAAGAACCAUGCUGACAGCCUCCUGGUUAAGUUGAUUGAUUCACUCCCUGAGAUUUUUCCAAGAAUUGAGGCAUGGGUAGAGGAAGUACUCAUGGAUGAAGGCAAUGCAACUAUAUUGACCCUCUUUGCAUGCCUCCUGGCUGUCCUUUACCUCCGUGAACGGCAAAGACGGCAUGCUGUAGUGCACCCUCUUCAGCCUGAUGGUGCGCCCAACUAACGCAGGGGAGGGAAAAUCAUUGAAGUCAGCUUCCUGUUGUGCAGCCUGCAAACUUCGAUAAGAAGUCAGUGCCUGUUAAAAUGGUAAGUUCAUUGCAUGGCUAAUUCAGUUGGGUUCACAGAAAAAGGUCGCAAUCUCUCUCAACUUGAUAUGCAAAUGUUCCUUUAUAACAUUACCAUACUGGAGUAAAUGGAUGGGGGAGGUGCUACAUACUGACUGCUAGAAGAGAUAUCCACAGCUCAUGGUGGAUAAUAUUUUGUAUUUUUUUAAGACAAAAGCUAUACGAUUUCAUUGAACAAUACCCACAACCCAUUAUGUUAUUUCCCUGGUAA